AUGGUGGAUAGCUAUGCUUACAGCUCCCAGCGACCCAGCACAUUGGGACAUCGGCUGAAUGUCGGAGCGCCUUACUAUUUCUUGCAUCUCCCUACGUCUGGGCUGAAACUUACCUUCUGCGACAAGCCUACCUCGUCUGAGGGGUAUGACAACACCGUCCGCCUCAUCGAGGCCUUUCAUCGUAACAAGCUGCGGCAGAAGAAAGCGCAGCGCCUCAAUAUCACCUCAAUUAUCCUGUCUGAGAUAGCUCAUGUAUCUGACGAGCCCCUGGAGCCUCAUCAUAUGCUCCUGAAACUGACCAUCCCCACGCCGACGGGACUCGCUCGAGCCAUCACAGCACAUGUCUACUACUCGGGUUCUCUACCAGACGCGAUGUACGACACGGCGAUUGUCAGCUGGAAAGAAGCAGUGGAGCUCGCGGAACAUGAGAUCUGGGCAACACGCCAGGCAUUAAUUUUGCGAAAGGACGUGAUUGGACAGUAUAUGUUCCACAGAGCUUGA